CUUAUAUAACUCGCUGCCAUGUCCAUCAGAAGCAAUUUUGUCAGGCUGCUGAAGAAGCAAAUCAGUAUCAUAAAGCUUCAGAAGAAAUGCUCCCACUCAGUGGCUGUGAUCGGGGCACCCUUUUCCAAGGGACAGAAAAGAAGAGGAGUAGAGCAUGGACCUGCAGCCAUAAGAAGUGCUGGUUUAAUUGAUAGACUGUCCAAUUUAGGAUGCAAUGUAUGUGACUUUGGAGACUUACACUUUUCCCAAGUUCCUAAUGAUGAACUGUACAACAGCAUUGUUAAACAUCCUCGUACUGUAGGACUUGCCUGCAAAGUGCUGGCUGAGGAAGUGAGCAAAGCAGUGGGAGCUGGGCAUACCUGUGUAACCUUGGGUGGAGAUCACAGUUUGGCUUUUGGAUCUAUCACUGGCCAUGCCCAGCAGUGCCCAGACCUCUGUGUAAUUUGGGUGGAUGCCCACGCAGAUAUUAACACCCCUUUGACAACUCCAUCAGGAAACCUGCAUGGGCAGCCAGUGUCGUUUCUACUGAGGGAGCUUCAGGACAAGGUACCACCAAUCCCUGGAUUCUCUUGGGCAAAGCCAUGCCUAUCAAAGUCUGACAUUGUAUACAUUGGUUUAAGAGACCUGGAUCCAGCUGAGCAAUUUAUUUUAAAGAAUUAUAAUAUCUCAUAUUAUUCAAUGAGACACAUCGAUUGCAUGGGAAUAAAAAAAGUCAUGGAGAAAACUUUUGAUCAGCUUCUGGGCAGGAGAGAUCGGCCAAUUCACUUGAGUUUUGACAUUGAUGCAUUUGACCCAGCCCUAGCACCAGCUACAGGAACUCCUGUCAUUGGAGGACUGACUUACAGGGAAGGUGUCUAUAUCACAGAGGAAAUUCAUAAUACAGGAAUGUUGUCUGCCUUGGAUCUUGUGGAAGUAAAUCCAGUUCUUGCUGCCACAUCAGAAGAAGUCAAAGCCACCGCAAACCUAGCAGUGGAUGUCAUCGCCUCUUGUUUUGGCCAGACAAGAGAGGGAGCUCACACUAGAGCUGACACAAUUAUAGAUGUCCUACCUACACCCAGCACAUCAUAUGAAUCAGACAAUGAAGAGCAAGUGAGGAUUUAGAAAUGAACAGCAUUCCUCCUAUUGUGCAUUCCAGAACUGCAAUACAACUCCUGAGGAUGGAUAGACUUUGCCUGUUUCACUCCAUGGAGAGAACUGCUUUUUUUAUAUGUUAUUCCUUAUUAAAUGUAAAAAUCUUGACUAUGUAUUAGUCAAGAUAGACAAACAGGUCUAGGCACUUAUAUAUUAUUUGGUAUAAUGGUAAUCUAUAUUUAAGUUUGACCAACAGGCACAUCUAGAUCUAGAUUUACUAAACAGGUUUUGUAUUUCUUUGUGGUUUUUUUGCAUGUUAUUUUUGGGGGGUUAUUACCCUAUUUUUAUUGUCUGCCUCAGAUUUAUUAAACAUCAAACAAGCAAGAGAAGAAAUAAAGAAAACACAAACUGUUUCUCUUAUUGUUUCUCUGGGUAUUUCACAUAAAUUAACUUAAAUUUUAAAUCCACUACCUCUCUUUAUAACCUAUGCAUUGAUUUCAAGUUAAGGACUUAAAAUAAGCAAAAUCUGUUUUUUUAAUGCCCCAUGACUGAGCUAAUUUUGGAUAAAAAAGGCAAUUAUGUGAUACCAAAUAAACUACUAUAUAUUUAUGGAGUCACGUUGCUGUCACUGGAAUUAUGAACAGUCCAAAGCUCUAAUUGUUCUAGGCCUGCCACUGAGUUGCUUAAGAACACAUAACCAAAAAGGGUUUUACCAUAGCCUCUCACACACCAUUGAAACCACCUAAAGGCAUUUGUGCCAGGGAUCACAGCGACUACAGAAAAUAAGGGCUCAUUAUGGUACUGAUAAAAAAAACCUACAGCUCUCACCUUUCUGCAGCAGGAUAAUGCAUGAAGUUAUGUAUAGCAUGUAUAAAAAAACAAGGAUAAAAAAUAACUGUGCCCUGCCCUGGGUAAAUGGUUUUCGUCAUGUAUUACUUUUGGUAUCAUUGUCUCUGUGUCAGCACAUAAAAAAACCCAGACAAAAAGAUUCUGCAGCUAUUUCAUAGUGGUUUUCUUUUGUCUACUGGUCUUCUUUCAGAGCCAAAAUGUGUUAGAAUUUAAAUAAUGAAGGAUUGUGUUACAAUCACCCUGGCCAGUAUUUCUAGAUGUAUAAUUGUCCUAAUCGUUGUGCUGUUAUAGCUUAUAGUGAGAAGCCUGAAAAUUGGCCACUAGACUGGAGUAUCAAUUUAACCCCCAAAACCUAAAAACAAUGUAAUAGUCACAUGUUAAGUUAUGAUUUUUAACCACUGGCAUAGGAAGGUAAAGUUAAAUUACUCUGGGUAAAGUUAAAUUACUACUAAUGUCUGCCAUUGAUUUAAACUUAUCUUAGUUUAUGACUAAUAAAACGUUUUCUUAAUUA